CCACCAGGCAAUGUCUGCAUUCUGUGCAGCUCCAGAGUAGCUGAAAGGAAGGAAACCUGCUUUAAGUAAACCACAAGAGAAUUUUAAAAGACAUUUUCCUAUCAAAGUAUGUCUGUAGGGACCACGGAGGACUUUCAAGUCUCUCGCCUGCAGGAUUUCAAUAGUGAUCUCACGAGAGAUCCAGUUUUGGCAUGAGUAUUUUUUUUUGUACUGGACCAUCCAGCAACCAAGAGCAGCUGCCUUGCAGUUAUUUUUCUGGAGAAAGAAAUCCUAAUUGUUGUUCUGCAUUUGAGAGCAACAGGUCGCAACCAUACGAAAAGGACACAUGGCUGUACUGCGAAAAAUUAAUCAGAUUCUACUCUUCCUACUUGUUUUGACUGUUUGUGUCAUCCUUUAUAAUAAAGUUCACAAGAUGCCAUCUACCUUGCUAAAGAAUGAACCAGAUGACUUGGAGAGCCCCGAGGAAAUGGAAGAAGACAUUCCUGUGGUGAUAUGUGCUGCAGCAGGACGAAUGGGCGCAGCCGUCGCAGCCAUCAACAGCAUUUACAGCAACUCUGAUUCUAACAUCUUGUUCUAUAUCGUUGGCUUAAAGAACAGCAUCCCACAUAUCAGAAAAUGGAUCAAAAAUUCCAAACUGAAAGAUAUAAAGUUUAAAAUUGUGGAAUUUAACCCCAUGGUGCUAAAAGGGAAAAUGCGACCAGAUGCAGCUCGUCCUGAGUUACUUCAACCACUGAACUUCGUUCGAUUUUACCUUCCUCUCCUUAUCCAUGAACAUGAGAAAGUGAUCUAUCUUGAUGAUGAUGUAAUUGUCCAAGGUGACAUUCAAGAACUGUAUGACACAAAUCUUGCCCCUGGCCAUGCUGCAGCUUUUUCAGAUGACUGCGAUCUGCCUUCUACUCAUGAAAUGGUCAGAAGUGUAGGAAUGCAGAACACCUAUAUGGGAUUCCUAGACUACCGGAAGCAAACAAUUCGUGAUCUUGGCAUUAGCCCCAGCACCUGCUCCUUCAAUCCUGGUGUCUUUGUUGCUAACAUGACGGCAUGGAAGCACCAACGAGUUACAAAGCAGUUAGAGAAAUGGAUGCAAAAAAAUGUUGUAGAAAACCUUUACAGCAGCAGUCUUGCAGGAGGUGUGGCCACUCCCCCGAUGCUCAUUGUAUUCCAUGGAAAAUAUUCACCGCUUACUCCUCUAUGGCAUAUUCGCCAUCUAGGCUGGAGUCCUGAUGCCAGGUACUCGGAACAGUUUCUUCACGAAGCCAAGUUACUUCACUGGAAUGGAAGAUAUAAGCCUUGGGACUACCCUAGUAUUCAUACUGACCUUUGGGAAAAGUGGUUUGUCCCCGAUCCUUCAGGGACAUUUAAACUGAUUCGUCCUAAUAGCUGAUGCCAUUGUUUACAAUUUAAGGCAUCUGAGUCAUUAU